UAUAUACACACACAAGCUGAAUACAGAAACUAUUUGUAAAAAAGAAGCACGUUUAUUGUUUAUUGAGAUCAUCAUCAUUCUCAGAAACUUUUCUUUGUUGGAUAUAUUGUGCUGCUAAACGUUAUCCCACCAUGGAUAAUGAAACACUCUCAUUUCAAUAUAACAACGAGAAUUACUUUGCAAAUUUUUCAUAUAAACCCUCUGUGAUAGCAAAGGAUUACCUUCUUUACGAUGGAGUUCUUAAUGGCUCUGGAAUACAUCGUGGAAACAGGUGCAUUAUUCGUGUUUUGAAAACCAAACCUCACUCGAAAAAUGCUUGGAAAUCAUACCUUAAUACCAGAGCAUUACUUCAUAAAGCCAAAGCUUAUUUUGCGUCUCGCUUUGACAAGGAAUUUUUUCAAGUUCCAGAUUAUACCGAAGCACUAAUUGACAGAAUCUCUCUUAUUACCAAAUUCACUGUCUCAAGACACCCUGUUCCUGAUGAGACUGUACUUAUUGAUCACUACAAGGGUGCACAUGUGGAGGAAAAAUUAACAAGUCCAAGUCUUGAUGCCAUUUCUCAUUUCACUUUCUUAGAAUCCAAAGGACAAACAGUACUGACUAAUUUCCAAGGAUUUCGAAUUAACAAAAAAUCUAUCUGUAUUACUGGUGCAGAAUGUGUUGCUGUAAAUGCCGAAAACUUCUUAAAGCAACAUAAAUGCAAUAAAUAUUGUAAAAUAUUACAAAAUGUACCUCAGCACAUACCACAACCAACUUACAUACAAGACAAGAAUCAAGCAUCUAGUUACCAUAGCAUUGUAACGGCAAGAGCUAGUUUGCCACACAUAAUGUAUGGUCAUUAUAUUUGUGAUCAUUGUGAUAGAUAUAACCAUGGGGGCAUGUAUAAUCAUGGGGGCAUGUAUAAUCACUGUGGAAGUUACAAUCAUUGUGCAGUGUAUAACCAUACAGCUUUAAUGCAUUCUUCAAGCGUGCAAGAGAGAGAAACAUUUGGACACCUUCACCUUCGACCAGAGCCAUCAGCUCCACCAUUUGAUGAAGUCUUUUAUAGAGCUUCUUAAAACAGUAGCAACAUAAAUUUUUCCAUUUAUGCAGUGGAAAUUAAAAUUUGAACAGCUACAACUAAUUCUGGCUUAGCUAUAAGUUUUAAAACAAGGGAUUUUCUGUUAUGGAAUUCCACUGGCUACACAGAAAACAAGCAAAAAUAUUAGUGCUAUCUUUUGCGGCAUACUUUUUUUAUGCCAAAGCUGCUUCAGACAACAAGAUAGCCUACAGUCUGCAGGUCUCCCUUUAUUUGGUUCAAGCUCGGGAGGUGUAGAUACAAUAUCUUUUAUGAUAAUAUGCUGUCGUAAGGGUUUGUAAGUUGACUUAACAACUUUCAUGAAAACCAAAAGCAAAUAACUUGCUAAUUAUCUAUGGAAGAAAACAUUUUCAUUACUGGUGAAUUUGACAUUGUUCUAGAUGUUUUUUACUUUUUGAACAUUGUGUAGAGAAGCUACAGCUAAAACAUAAGAGGGACUUGUUACCAGACCUAAUGCAGAAGAAUGAGUGGUUGCCAGGCGUUUCCCUUCCUUUCAGUUAAUUGCUGGUAUAUAUUUGUAUUGGCUUCAGAAGAUUAAAAAACUAAGCUGAUUUUAUAGUCAGUGCCAAUGUUGAACUCUCAUCAUAAUAUUAUAAAGCUCGUAUAAUGUGGCUUGGCAUAAGCUACCUUUUUGAAUGCAAGUCUAUAUAUAUAAAGCAAUGCUACUGAAAUUCUGAGAGGGAGAAAGGAGAAAGAUGAAGCGAGAGUGAAAGAUAGAGAGAAAGCUCACAAUUAUUUUACAUGCGGGUUUCUAAAAAAACCAAUAUCUGUAAAAUCAAUAUAAAUAUUUGUGGGAACAGAGUUAUUGAUAUUGACAAAUCAGAUCAAAAAACUGAACAUCCAAAAAUAAAAAUAUUUGUAAAUAUAUAGAA